UAUAUUUAUGCAAUACAAAACUUCCUUCCUACUUUCCUAGAUAAAAAUUAGAAAAUGUCAUGUUAGAAAUUUCAAAAAUCGAAAGUUGUUUACAAUCAAGUAAUGUACUUAAGUUGAAAUUAUUAAGAAAAGUGAUAAUUAGUUCGAAAGUUUUGAAGAUACAAGAAAUAGUUUCCGAGUUAUAUAUUUUAUAGUUUCGUGAAGGCGAAGUGUUUGCGCAACGAUGUUGGACUGCCUUAUAAGAGAGCGCAGCUUUAGCUGCGGAUUCAGUUCGAUCCAACCAACGAUGUCGGAGGUUGCUAACGAAUUCAAAGUGGACGAAAGCUGUUUGUUCGAUAUGGACGCCUGCUAUGAAACUUUUGACAAGGAUGGGGAUGGUCUAUUAAACCUUGACGAGUUCCGGUUGAUCUGCAAGGCGUUAUUCCGUAAUGAUAAGGGUCACAUUUACCCAAUAUCGGAAGAGAAGGCUCGUCACGUCUUCCAGGUGUUCGACAAAAAUGAUGACGGCUUUAUUGACAAAGAAGAAUUCACCUUCUGCUGGAACCAUUGGAUCAAAGUGAUAGUGCGUCCAGUGAGCGCCUUCCUGAUAGUAGACGUGCAGAACGACUUCAUCUCUGGCACUCUAAAUAUCAGCAAGUGCAACGCACAGCAAGACGGCAGCGAGGUGGUAGAUCCGAUCAACAGGUUGCUGGAGACGGUGCCGUUCGACUGCGUGUUCUACUCUCUGGACUGGCAUCCACCGGAUCACGUCUCUUUCAUCGACAACGUGCAUAUGCGAGAGCUACAUCCUUCUAGUCCGGUUUCAGCUGAUAAAGCGCAGGCCUACGACACCGUGGUUUUCGCUGGCCCUCCUCCCAUGAAGCAGAGGCUCUGGCCGCGUCAUUGCGUGCAAGAUACCUGGGGAGCUGAACUGCAUAAAGAACUUAAGGUGGUGGAGAAGGCGGUCAAGGUGUAUAAGGGCACCAAUCCUGAGGUGGACUCGUAUUCCGUGUUCUGGGAUAACAAGAAGCUGACGGACACCAGCCUCAGCACGCAACUUCGUUCACGAGGAGCGACCGACAUCUAUAUAUGUGGACUGGCCUACGACGUAUGUGUGGGAGCAACAAUAGCGGACGCACUCGCUAUAGGCUACCGCUCGGUGUUGGUGGACGACGCCAGCCGGGGAGUCGACCUCCAGGAUAUCGAGAACACCAAGCGAGCCAUCCUCGAUAACAACGGGGUCAUCGUGGACUCGCAUCAGGUGCUAGCCAUGGUGGAAGGUCGUGAUCGUCGACCGGAACUCGGCUACAAGCUCGCCAUGGAGCUGAAGGACGCUUUGGAAGAUCAGUAAACAAACAAUUACAUACAAAAAUUCAACACAAAAACAAAACAUCUUUUGGCCAAGGCAAUAUUGGAAGCGUAUAAAAGCCAGUCCCGUCCAGUAGUAAGACAUUAAUCGGCUUAUACUAGUGUACCUAUAACGAUAGCUAAGAUAUCAAUACCUUUUUGCCCAUUCGACAAAAUGAUCUUCGUCAAUAAUCUCUUAACUUAACUUAUUAGGCAGAACUAAAAUACUUGCCAUAUCUUCUUUCUUUCAAAUCCCAUACACGAGAAAGAGAUACCAAUAGGUUAGAGAUCAUAUACGACAUAAUCGGUAAUAUCUCUUAACAUAUCAUGACAUGAACAAUAUAAUUAGAUACGAAAAUACGAUCUUAAUGCACCAUAGAGUUUAAAAUAUUUUAGAAAUCUCACCCAAGGUCUGUACAACUACAGUAAACAAACAAAAACAAAGACGAAAGCACCAUAAGUACACAAAUAAAAAAAAACUCUAUAA